AUGGUUCCAUACGCUUACUCUCAGCCUGAUCCUGUUUCGACUUACAACGCCUUUAACGCCAUUCCAUUUGGUGUUCCAGAUCACAACGGUUCCUGUGGCACCGUCAUUUACCCCAACGGCGGUGGUCCAGUCCCUGUGGCCGUUACCGGUUCAGGAGUAGUUAACUUCGGAACUGAAACCCGUCAAGUCUUCUCGAAGGUCACCGGCCAAUACGUCGAUUUCCCAGAUAAUGGCACGACAGUUAUAUUCACAAACGUUACCCUUGGUGUACAAUCGCUGGUCCCAAUACCGGUAACUUUCUCCGGUCAGGUCUACAUCGAUUUCAACACCAACUGCCGUAUCUCCGCUGUUCGCGCUUACGCGGAAAUGUGA